UGCAAACCGCCCAACUUGUAUGUAGUCCGAUAAUUCUCAGCAGAGAAGUUAGAGAGAGAGGGAGUGUGUAGAGAGAGAAAGUAGAGCAGCAGCAGUUUAUCUUUUAGCUUUAUUAGCUUUUUUAGGUUGGGAUUUGGAUCCAAAAUUCGCCAACAUCCAAAAGUUUUUCUACUAAUAUAACACAUAAAUACACACAUAAACUGAAAAGUUCAUUUACUUUUCAAAAUAAAAAUAAAAAAUCAAAGACCAGCACCAGCUCCAGCUUCAGCUUCGGUUUAUAACAAUCAGCUAAUAAUUAUAUGAAAGCGACCAGGAGUUUUAUAGUUGCUGUACGGUCAAUGAAAAUUUCGAUUUGGCUGUAAUCAAGAAAGGAACUGAAACCUUUUGGGAAUUAUGCAUGUCUGAUCCUGUGGCCAUUGCUGAUCAUGUCGAACGGUCAUUAACUUCUGCAGACAGAACAAAGUCUGUUGAACUCAUUACUGAUAGAGAUCGCAUCUCUAUAUCAAUUAACGGUGAAGCUGCCCAUUCUUCUUCUGAAGCUGCUGCAUCAUUCAGAGUUGGAGAGCUCAUUCUUCCCAAUGGGGAAUCAUAUUCCGGGUCAUUGCUUGGCAAUGUGCCAGAGGGCAAUGGGAAAUAUGUUUGGUCUGAUGGGUGUAUUUAUGAGGGACAAUGGAGACGUGGGAUGAGGCAUGGAACUGGGAAAAUUCAAUUGCCUUCAGGAACUGCUUAUGAGGGUGAAUUUUCAGGUGGUUAUAUGCAUGGUCCAGGGACUUAUAUAGGUUCCAAUAAUUUGACAUAUAAGGGAAGAUGGCGUUUGAAUGUCAAGCACGGAUUGGGAUACCAAGUUUAUCCUAAUGGAGAUAUCUUUGAGGGUUCUUGGAUUCAGGGAACACCAGAAGGACCAGGAAAAUAUACCUGGGCUAAUGGGAAUGUUUAUAUGGGAAAUAUGAAAGGAGGUAAAAUGACAGGUAAAGGGAGUCUUACAUGGAUAAAUGGUGACUCAUUUGAGGGAAACUGGUUAAACAGUAUGAUGCAUGGAUUUGGAGUAUAUAGCUGGAGUGAUGGUGGUUGCUAUGUUGGAACUUGGACUCGUGGUCUGAAGGAUGGAAAAGGAUCAUUUUAUCCUAAAGGCAGCCGCUUCCCAGCUGUAGAGGAACGAUACCUCAAUGCUUUAAGGAAAAGAGGGUUAUUGCCAGAUUUGAGAAAGCAGAACCAUGCCCAUAUCCAUCAUGCAUCUUCAGUGGACAUGGGAAAUAUAAAAGUAGGCAGGGAUCAGGGAUCUCAUCGUAGUACAGCUGAUAAACUUUCCAAGAGAAAACUGUUAACUCUAGAGCAGUCUCGCAACAAAAAUGUAUCUCUAGAACGGCGCUGGAGUCUUGAGGUAUCUAUUGAAAAGGUUAUAGGGCAUAAUUCGUCAUUAGAGUUAUCGGAGUCUGCCUUUGAAGGCAUGGAGCAAGAGGUUGAAACCAAUAGACUGCCAAUAUUGGAACGGGAAUAUAUGCAAGGUGUUCUCAUCAGUGAACUUGUGUUAAAUAAUUUUUCAGAAUUGUCCAGAAGAGCAAAACGAUUACAAAAGAAACUUGCAAAAGAGGUUAAGAGGCCUGGUGAAACAAUAAUCAAAGGGCACAGGAGUUAUGAUUUGAUGCUCAGUUUGCAGCUUGGAAUAAGAUACACUGUUGGAAAAAUUACACCUGUACAACGGCGAGAGGUUCGUACAUCAGAUUUUGGCCCAAGAGCAAGCUUUUGGAUGAACUUCCCAAAAGAUGGAUCACAGUUGACACCGCCUCAUCAAUCAGAGGACUUUAAGUGGAAAGAUUACUGCCCAAUGGUUUUCAGAAAUUUGAGGGAAAUGUUCAAGAUUGAUGCUGCUGAUUACAUGAUGUCAAUUUGUGGCAAUGAUGCUCUCAGAGAACUUUCCUCUCCUGGAAAAAGUGGCAGCAUAUUUUUCCUGUCUCAAGAUGAUCGCUUCAUGAUUAAAACCCUCCGGAAAGCUGAAGUACAGGUUCUAUUGAAAAUGCUUCCAGAUUAUCACCAUCAUGUGAAGUCAUAUGAGAACACACUCGUAACGAAAUUUUUUGGUCUUCACAGGAUCAAACCUACUAGUGGUCAAAAGUUUCGCUUUGUUGUGAUGGGAAAUAUGUUCUGCACAGAAUUGAGGAUCCAUCGAAGGUUUGAUUUGAAAGGUUCAUCACUAGGUCGAUCUACAGAUAAAAUUGAAAUUGACGAAAACACAACACUAAAGGAUUUGGAUCUAGACUAUCGUUUCUAUUUGGAACCUUCUUGGCGUGAAGCUUUAUUGAAGCAGAUUGAAAUCGACAGUAAGUUUUUGGAAGCACAACACAUUAUGGAUUACAGUCUUUUGCUUGGCGUGCAUUAUCGAGCUCCUCAACACCUGCAACCCUCAAUGUCCUACAAUCAGAGAAUAAGAACUGAAGGAUUGGGAGUGUUGGCAGAGGAAGAUACGAUAGAAGAUGAAAACUACCCACAAGGUCUUGUCUUAGUCCCUCGUGGAGAUGAUAAUAGUGUCGUUGUGGGUCCUCACAUCAGAGGUAGCCGAUUAAGAGCAUCGUCUGCUGGGGAUGAGGAAGUGGAUCUCCUUCUUCCUGGUACAGCAAGGCUCCAAAUUCAGCUUGGUGUGAACAUGCCUUCAAGGGCAGAGCAAAUUCCAGGGAAAGAAGAGGAAAAACAAACAUUUCAUAAAGCAUACGACGUUGUACUUUAUCUAGGCAUAAUCGACAUACUACAAGAGUACAACAUGAGCAAGAAGAUAGAACAUGCUUAUAAAUCUUUUCAUUUUGAUUCAUUGUCUAUCUCAGCUGUCGAUCCUACGUUUUAUUCCAGCCGAUUUCUAGAGUUCAUCCAGAAGGUGUUUCCGCCUAAUGCCUUGGCACUUUAAAAAUGUUUUGUUGGUACAUUUACUAUCUUUGUAUGUUACUUUUGUUUCUCUUAAGGGAAUGGGCUGGAUGUUUUUGAA